GCAGUUGAUGCGCAGUCAAGCAGAGAACUUCCGCAAUCGUCCGUGCCGUACGUAGUAGAUGCAAAAUCCACAGAACAUCCCUAAUCCAGACAUCAAUCGCGAUUCAAUCACAAGUAUUCCUCCACCAAGAUGCCAAGCAGCAAAGGCAAACCCACUGAUCCUGAGCUUCGCGAGCAGCUCAAAGAAGAGAUCAAACAAGAACCCAACAAGUCGGGCGGCGGCGUCGGCCAAUGGUCGGCAUGGAAGGGUAUGAAGCUUGCCAAAGAGUACGAGGCACAAGGAGGAGAUUACGAGAACGAGGCGGGCAGCAAGAACGAACCAAAAAAGGGGGCACCAAAGGCCAAGAGUGCAAAGACCAAAAGGGAGGAGGGAAGGACGCAAGAGUCUGAGCCUUCUGAGGAGGAGUGAUGUCGGUUUGCGUGUGACGGAAGUGGUGAAGCCCAGUACAUGUAGUAACAGAUGAACGCCCAAAGCAUGAAGAAGAGUGUUAUACGGCAUUGGGUAACGGCGAACGGGAUUUGUUGUGUGGGUCCAUAUUUACUCGUGCGAGUUGGUGAUAUCCUUAUAAUGACUGCCCCGUGUUUGUGAAGAUGGAAUCGAUAUGCCGGCACGGCAUGUUGCACGGACAAAGAGUUGAUG